AUGGAGGGCACCUUCAUCCGCCACAUCGUCCUCCUGGGCUUCGAGAAGCGCUUCGUCCCCAGCCAGCACUACGUGUACAUGUUCCUGGUGAAGUGGCAGGACCUGUCUGAGAAGGUGGUCUACCGGCGGUUCACGGAGAUCUAUGAGUUCCACAAAACCUUAAAGGAAUUGUUUCCUAUUGAGGCAGGGGACAUCAACCCAGAGAGCAGAAUCAUCCCCCACCUGCCAGCACCAAGGUGGUUUGAUGGGCAGCGGAAAACUGAGAGCCGCCAGGGUACGCUCACCGAGUACUGCAACACGCUCAUGGCCCUGCCGGUCAAGAUCUCCCGCUGCCCACACCUCCUUGAGUUCUUCAAGGUGCGCCCCGACGACCUCAAGCUCCCCACGGACAGCCAGGCGAAAAAGCCGGAGACUUACCUAGUGCCUAAAGAUGGCAAGACUAAUGUUGCAGACAUCACAGGCCCCAUCAUCCUGCAGACGUACCGGGCCAUCGCCGACUAUGAGAAGAGCUCGGGCUCCGAGAUGUCUCUGGCUGCGGGCGAUGUGGUGGACGUCGUGGAGAAGGGCGAGAGCGGCUGGUGGUUCUGCCAAAUGAAGACAAAGCGAGGCUGGGUCCCGGCCUCCUACUUGGAGCCCCUGGACAGUCCCGACGAGGCAGAGGACCCAGAGCCCAACUAUGAAGGUGAGCCCUACGUCGCCAUCAAAGCCUACACUGCCUUAUUGGAGGAUGAGGUGUCCCUCCAGGAAGGUGAAACCAUCGAGGUCAUUCAUAAGCUCUUGGACGGCUGGUGGGUCAUCAGGAAAGGUGAUGUCACAGGCUACUUCCCAUCCAUGUACCUGCAGAAGGCCGGGCAGGACAUAGCCCAGGCCCAAAGCCGGAUCAAGAGCCGAGGGGCACCGCCCCGGAGGUCAUCAAUUCGCAACGCGCAAAGCAUCCACCAGCGAUCACGAAAGCGCCUCAGCCAAGACACCUAUCGGCGCAACAGCGUCCGCUUUAUGCAGCAGCGCCGCCGCCAGGCGCGGCCAGGGCCGCAGAGCGCAGGGAGCUCGCUGGCAGAGGAGCAGCUGCAGACCGAGCGCCCGAAGCCGCAGCCGGCUGUGCCCCCGCGGCCUAGUGCAGACCUCAUCCUGAACCGCUGCAGCGAGAGCACCAAACGGAAGCUGGCGUCUGCUGUCUGAGGCCCUGGCACAGCCCCCAGAUGGCGCCCAGGUCCCUCCGCCCCCUAAGGCCCGGAUCCCUGUAUAUGUUACUAGAGCCUGAGGUCUGGAUGCUUAGGGUUGCUCUGGGCCUCGCUCUGCCUAGCUAUCCUCCACCCUCAAUAAAUGUUGCUUGGUGAGGACAGAGGCUCUGCAGAGACGCGAGGGGUGCUGGGCUAGAAUUAGGACAUGGCUGUGAGCUCUGCUGGGGUGGUGGUGGUGGUGGGGGAAGUUGCAAGAGCCAAGGUCUGGUUGCAUACCGCAGUGGCCUUGGCCAAGAUCAACUUUGCACAAGGCCAAAUGCAAGAGGAACUUCUGGACUCCAACUGCCUUCUGAACUCUGGCCCCAUUGCAGAACAGUCCUGAAGAAGUUGGACACAGUACCCAGCGAAGGGGGACAGGAAAGUGUGUGACUUCGUGUUCGUGUGUGCACCUUAGUUGACCAAAAAAAAGUAAUUUAGGUAUAGGGAGGAGGAGUCUCUGAUUCUUCAGCAAGAAUGUGCUCAGUUAGGAAGGAGGCUGUCCCAGAAAGCAAAUAUUCAAAUGAACAGAUCCUCACAACUUACCCCAGGAUUACUGCCAGCCUAUGGCUUCAAGGCUUUCCUGGUGGGUCUUUCCCAAAAUGCAAAGACUCUAAGGUGCACACAGGAGCUGCAAGUAUUGCAAAGAUGCAGCUUGUAACCAAGGCCAUGGGUGAUGUGAAGAGCUCUCCUCCUGUGGGAGAGUGUCUACCUGAGGAUGGCCAAGGCUGGUCCCCUUAGAGAUCAGAGCAAAUCGGUAAGGAGACAGAUGCUUCUCAAGAGAAUAACUGACCAUGAAAUGAUUGAAAGAGGCCUGGAGAAAACCACUGGGCCCUUCUUUUGCUUUUUUGCAGGCCUCUUUGCUGGAAGAGUCCAGUGUCAGGGACUGUCAUGCAAAGCUGUGGGAAAAUUAACCACAGGCACCCCAACCUUUUUGCUUGU